AUGUAUUAUACACCAAUCCGCGUGGGUACCGCGUCGCCGCGUGGCGCCUCAGUCUUCAUUCUCGCUUCAAGCCCGAGCAGCUCAGUUAACGCCGCAAUGGACUCGUCAUCAGCCUCACCGCAGCUCGUGAACCUCGUGGUGCGCAACGUAUACACUCCGUCAGAGUCUCUUGCCCUCAGUAUUGACCCGAAGACGCUCGUGGGCGACCUCAAACGUCGCCUCAGCGUCGAAUUUCCAUCCACACCCAUCGUCUCCGCCCAGAAGCUCAUUUUCGGGGGCAAAAUUUGCGGCGACGAUGAGCCGUUGGAGCAAAUUUUGGUCCAGAUGCAGAGCAGCCACGAUAAGGACGACGAUAGCUGCGGAGAGCCCGUGGUUUUCCAUCUACUAGUGAGCUCUACAGGCGUUCGGAAGAGCGCAGAGCCCAAGGCGCCGCAACGACACGAGGCAGAGGCGCAGGACUCGCCCAGACCCAGCAGCAACGCGACCGCAGAGCCUCAAAGCUUCAACACGCAACCAGAGACCACGACUCCUACGCAACCGCAGUUCAUGUUUGGCCAGACGCCGGCCAUGACGCAGCAACAGCAGAACUUGUACAGACAGAGCAUGCUCAUGCAGCAACAGGCCAUGGUGAUGCAGCAGAUCCAGUACCUGCAGAUGAUGCUGAUGCAGCAGCGACAACAGCAAGCAGCCCCGACGCCUGGCGCCGCGUUCGGUCAAUUUGCCGCGCCUUAUGGCAAUUUCUACGGCAUGAUGCAGCCCCAGAUGUUCCAUGCACAGGCAAGACCGAAUAUUACACCGCAUGCUGCAGCUCCGACACCUGCUACACCAACGCCUGCCCAAGCACAAGCGCCACCUGCACCAAUGGAGCCUCAGGAUCGUCCGAUGCUGGUGGAGAUGGCGCGUGAAGUGUUCCCGCUACUGGACGUCCGCAUGGCGCUCAAGAUGGCAUUCAUGCUGUUUAUCAUCGGCCAGGACACACCGUUGGACCGCAUCCUCAUGCUUGGACUGCUCUCCUUCAUCUCGUACCUUCACAUCACCGGCAUCUUUGCCAAACUCUAUGAAGUGUACAACCGACGCCGCAGUGCCAAUGGAGACGCUGAACCGAACGCACAGGCAGAUCGCAAUGUGCCUGGAGCGGCGGCUGCUGCUGGGGCGGCUGUCGCUAACCACUACGGCAUAUUGACGCGUGUGCUGCGUAUUUCGGCUGACCGCGGAUUCGUGCAGGACGUCAAGUACUUCGUGGUGGGACUGCUGCUGUCAUUGGUACCGGCAUGGCACCCACAGCCUAUUCAAGGUGCUGUGCCUAUGGCUGAAAACGCGAUGCCGGAUGACGUACCUAUUCAAGGAAUUUAAGUAUGAUUUUGAAUGCUGCGACUCAAGAGUGGGGAGCAGUAGUGUAAGAUAUUGGAGAUAUACAAGGGUAAGAACGAAGGCUAUCUCACUUUAAUGUUUGGUUUGUUUAGUAUCCAAAGACAGGCAGUUGAGGUGUUAGUUUGGUCACUAUGUGGACCCGAGUGGGGUCUUCUUGGAGCGUGAGAAGCUUCGCUUGAUGGCAUCGAAUAACUUUUGCUUCGGU